UUUGAGAUGCGCGCGUUCUUAUAAAAACCAAUCGUCUUGAACCUAUGCUGAUUACGUUUGACUCCAUCACAAUAUCCGAUUGGCAAGAGAGCCUGCAACGCAAAGAGACGACAAUUAUUUUAUAUUUCUCUGAGAAGUAGACAACCUAUAUUGUAUUUAACGGUCAGGACAUCAUAACAACGACAUAAUUUUCUUCUUGUUGAACGGUCAUCGAAAGAAAAUCGAAAGAGGUGCAUAUAUUACAGAUUUUAGUCUUUUAUGUCCAUUCAAAGGCUUCUUUGUGAUAGUUAGGAUUUUACGUGUACUUAAUCAACUGCUGUACUAGUUGGGGGCCUCUUUCCCGAGCUUUCGAGAGGGUUUUGUUUUUAUUGGAAGAAGAAACUCAAAAGAAAGAGGGUGAUGGAACUAAACAAAAACUGUUACCUUAUGUCAGUGGCUGUGAUUUUUAUUUCUUUCAUUGUAAUACAAGGUUCGUAUGGGUUUUCAAUAUCAGCGGACAGGGAAUUUCAAAGGGAUGCAGACGACACACUGUUAAACUUGAUCCAAGGAAUAUACAGUAAAAAUCUUCAUAACGCCAACAAGGAUUCACAGAAAAGGGGUCAAGGCUGGGCAAUAUCGUAUGGUAAAAGAGCUUCACCGGGAUGGUCCAUAGCUUACGGCAAGCGAAACCCAAUGGAGGACCUUCAAGAAUAUUCGAAUUCGAAGCCAAAUUAUAUAAUCACAAAACGUGCAACACCUUUUGCAAUGACAAGAAUGAACUCCUGGAAUCCAACUCCAAACAAACGCCAACAAGGUUGGCAUAUUGCAUACGGAAAGCGAUUAGUCACCCCUCUGUAUCGACGGUAGAUGAAUUCCCGAGUGAUAAAUCAUCAUUGUGAACACUGAAUUUCGCGCUCAUUUCAUCAUAAGAAAAACUCAAGUUGUCCUACAGAAAUUAAUGACACCUAAUUCAUAGUGUGUUUAGGUACUUUUGAAACUCUUCAUCCAUUAACCUGCAUGUAGAAUUUCAAAUCUCGUCAGUCGAUUUUCACUUUUUCCUUGAUUAUCAGAAUGGGGAAGAAUGAAUUUGCAAUAUCAAAGUGACUUUAAAAUCUUUUUUUCGGAUUAUCAAUCACUGGUUGUCGAGUCUACUGAAUAGAUUUGUGUACCUGUGAUUUUAUGCAUGUCUUGUUCGCAUCAAUCAAUGUAGAAAUCUUGCAAAGCUCAUACACCAAACAAACUUGGUAAGAUACUUCUUUCAUUGUUCAUAUAAAUAUUUCAUGAAGCAAGUCUGGUUGAAAUAAAUCUGCAGUACACCGUCCAAA